AAAACCCAAUUGCGAAAUCCUUUCACUGCCACGAACUAACUCAUGGUUUGCGUCAAAUACAUAUAUACAAUUUCCUCAAGACUUCUCCAUUCAUUUCAACGCUAGAGUUGCUUCUAGUUCCAAACAGCCAUGGAAAACCUAUCUUCUCCCGAAAUUCCGGUUUCAAAAUACGAGAAUUUCAUUACGGUUCUUAGCAUUGACGGUGGUGGUAUUCGAGGAAUCAUUCCCGGUGUUCUUCUUGCCUACCUUGAGGCUCAACUUCAGGAGUUAGACGGUGAGAAUGCAAGGCUUGCAGAUUACUUUGACGUGAUUGCUGGGACAAGUACAGGGGGUCUCGUUGCUGCCAUGUUAACAGCUCCCAAUCCAAUGGCCAACAAACGCCCUUUAUUUGCUGCCAAAGAAAUUGUUCCUUUUUUCCUCCAAAAGUCUCCACAAAUUUUCCCUCCUACUAGCGGACUAUUUGGCUGGCCGAAGAACAUAGCGAAAACAUUGACCGGACCUAAGUACGAUGGGAAGUAUCUGCAUGAGUUGAUAAGAAAGAAGUUAGGGGAGACAAAGUUGCACCAAACCUUGACAAACGUUGUUAUUCCCACUUUUGACAUCAAGACACUUCAACCUACCAUCUUUUCCUCGUUUAGGAUUGCCACGGAAGCAGCUUUGGAUGUAGAACUGUCAGAUAUUUGCAUAGCCACUUCGGCUGCUCCAACCUUUUUACCGGCUCAUUAUUUUACGAAGCAAGAUGAACAAGGAAAUGUCAUUAGAGAAUUCAACCUCAUUGAUGGUGGUGUGGCUGCAAAUAAUCCGACUUUGGUUGCAAUCAGAGAAUUGACGAAGCAAAUCAUAAGGAAGCCAAAUGAAAUAGGUAUCAGCCCUUUGAACUAUGAUCGUUUUCUUGUUCUGUCAUUGGGGACUGGAUCGAACAAGAAGGAGCACAAAUACGACGCGAAAAUGGUGUCAAAAUGGGGAAUUUUAAGUUGGGUAUUCAAAUCUGGAUUCACGCCCAUUAUAGAUUGCUUCAGCGAAGCAAGCAGUGAUAUGGUUGACUACCACAACUGUGUGGUUUUUAGGGCGCUUCAAUCUGAAGACAACUAUCUCCGGAUUCAAGACGAUACAUUAAAGGGGGAUUUAGCAUCUUUGGAUGUAGCUACUGAAGAGAAUUUGAAUAAUCUGGUCAAUGUUGGGAAGGAGUUACUGAAGAAAAAAGUUACGCGAGUGAAUCUUGAUACAGGUCUCUAUGAACCAGUUCCAGAUAAAGGCACCAAUGAGGAAGCACUCAAAAGGUUUGCAAAGUCACUCUCGGAUGCAAGAAAGAAGAAAAAGUUCAACUUACAGUAUAGGAAUUAAAUGAUCGUAAGAAUGCAUGCUAUUGACAAAACCAUGGUUGAAGCUUCCCAUCGAUUUGCUAUAAUCUGUAUACAAUAUAAGGGUUAAAUUUGCUACUAUCUUCAAUGUUGAAGAGAACAAUUGUUGAUGCUUUUGAAACUUAAAAUUAAGAAUUCAUGGAUGAUGUAAAGAUUAUUCUAUUGAAUCUAGAGGUGU